AUGCUGCCCUCGGGCGUCAGAUUCGGCGCGCUCGUUAUCGCUUUCGCGGUAAGCGUAAGCGCGCAGCCGUCGCCAGAAGUGCAGAAGCGCAUUGCGGCGGCGAUUGCGGCAACGAACUCCACCAAUGGCACCAUUGACUACACCGAGUUUGUCAACCCCUUCAUCGGUACCGAUACUUUCUUUUAUGGAGAUGUUUGCCCUGGUGCAUCCGUCCCAUUCGGCAUGGUGAAGGUCACCACAGACAUGACAGGCUAUGCACCUGCAGGCUACGUCGCCGACGCCACUCAGUUCAUCCGCGGUCUCUCCCCGCUGCACGACUCCGGGACAGGCUCAUCACUAGGAACAUACGGCAACUUCGAAAUCAUGCCACAGAUCGGAUGUGACUUCUUCAGCUGCCCAACGCGGUACGAAGAUAGGCUGAGACUCCGCAAGAACAACACGGACGAUGCUUCACCUGGAUACUUCUCUCUCACGCUCAACAACAGCAUCAAGAUGGAGGCGACAUCAACACGCCGCGCCGCCCUUGAACGUUUCACCUUUCCUUCUGGCAGUACACCGUUCUUCGUGCUCGAUCUCUCCAACGACCUGCCAAACACGUUCAAGGGUGGGUCCAUGGACAUUGACGGGGAUAAUGGUCGCAUCACGAUCGGCGGAUACUGGGGUUCCAGCUUUGGUCCAGGAUCAUACAGCUACAAGGCAUUUGCAUGCUACGAUCUGCUGAAUGGUGGCUCGCAGACUCUCGAUGAGUACGGUCUCUGGUCCGGUAACGCUUACGGCCUUAACGCGCGUCAGCUCGGCGCCACGCAUAUCAACUUGACCCAAUCACUCAUCGGCGAUACCUAUGAAUACGGCGCAAUCUUCUCGUACUCGGGCAAACCCGAGGAGGUCACCAUCCGUGUCGGCGUAUCUUUCGUGAGCGCUGAUCAGGCGUGCUCAAAUGCCGAGGAGGAGAUAGGUGGUGCCAGCUUCGAGGAGGUGCAGGACGCGAGCAAGGCCCUCUGGAACGAUCGCUUGAGUAGGAUCGAAAUCGAUGUCCCUAAUACACCGGAGAACGUUACGGAGAUGUUCUACUCCAGCCUGUACCGCUCGUCUCUGACACCGAACAACGCCACAGACGAGACGCAAGCCGAGUUCGCAGGAACCACAUCCUUCUACUUCGACUCUCUCUACUGCUCCUGGGACACCUUCCGGACAUUCUACCCCCUUAUGACCCUCACGUCGCCGGAGACCUACGCGCAGAUUGUCGAUAGCUACCUUGAUGCGUGGCGCAAGCGCGGAUGGAUGCCCGAGUGCCGUUCAAACAACUUGCCAGGAUGGACACAAGGCGGAAGCAGUGGCGAUGUGAUCGUGGGCCACUUUGCGAUCAACUACCACGACGAGGCAAGCGAGCUGGGUAUCAGUCUGAACGACAUCUUCGGAGCGCAGCUUGCGGAUGGAGAGCUUAACCCGCCGGAGUGGAACAUUCAGGGGCGAGAGGUGAACGUGUACAAGGAGUACGGAUACGUCCCAUUCGAUGUUCUGGACGCGAGCAGCACUGGACGUCAGACUCGCGAGGGUAGCCGCACUCUUGAAUACGCGUUCGAAGACUUUGCCAUCCGACAGGUUGCUCUGCUACUGAACGAGUCAAGCUACCUCACAGACUACACGAACCGGUCUUUGUGGUAUCGCAACGUUUGGGACCCAUCAGUUGAGAGCGACGGUUUCAAGGGCUUCAUGCAGAAGCGCCGACCGGACGGAUCUUUCGCGUUCCAGGACCCGGUGAACUGCAGUCCCAAGGACAACGACACCUCCCGAGAGUGCAGUCUGCAAGGGGACAACGUGAACGGCUUCUACGAGUCCAGUUCGUGGGAGUACUCCUGGUUUGCCCCCCACGAUACGGCAUACCUUAUCGAGCUCAUGGGCGGCAACGACACCUUCGUCGACCGAUUGAACCACUUCUUCGACGAGGGCUACUAUCUUGCCGGCAACGAGCCGUCUUUCCAAACGCCGAUUGGCUACCACUACGCAAAUCGACCGGCAGACAGUGUGUCACGCGUGCGCGAGGUUGUAUUCGAUAACUUUGGUAUCGAGGUCGAUGGACUCCCUGGGAACGACGAUCAGGCGGCUAUGGCCAGUCUCCUUUCCUUCCACCUGCUCGGGCUGUACCCAGUUCCGGGUACAUCCGAGCUCAUCGUUCUUUCGCCUUUCACGCCGAAGUACACCGUCCACAACCCGUACUUGAACGUCAGCACCACCGUUACCGUCACUAACUUCGACCCGAAGUCCAUCGCGGUGAAGAUACCGGAGGGUGCAUCGGCGUACGUGCAGAGCGUCAAGAUCAACAACGAGACGUUGCCAAGUGUAUGCUCCUUCGACUUCUACGACACCUUCCGUGUCGGGGCGGAUAUAGAGAUAGUCCUCACGAACGACAAAGACGCUGCUAACGACUGCGGUGCAACAGUACCUCAGAGCUUGUCUACGGGCGGCUUCUCCACACUCCGCUAA